AUGGAUCCAGGUGGCGGAAGUCUUGGACUGCAAACACAAGAAUCCAAAAUGCCUCACACCAUGAUCAUGCAGGAUUUUGUGGCUGGAAUGGCUGGCACUGCUCAUAUUGAUGGAGACCAUAUCGUUGUAUCAGUUCCCGAAGCUGUCCUAGUUUCUGAUGUUGUUACCGAUGAUGGAAUAACUCUUGAUCAUGGCUUGGCAGCUGAAGUUGUCCAAGGACCUGACAUCAUCACUGAAACGGAUGUUGUGACGGAAGGUGUCAUUGUCCCUGAUUCUGUUUUGGAAGCUGACGUUGCUAUUGAAGAAGCUUUAGAUACCAGCGAUCAUGUUUUGACUUCUGAUCUAAUAACAGAAACGGUUAGAGUUCCCGAUCAGGUUUUUGUGGCUGACCUUGUUGCAGGUCCUGAUGGACAUUUGGAGCACGUGGUGCAAGACUCUGUGUCAGGAGCCAACUCGCCUACCAUGGUUUCGGAAGAAGUUCUUGUAACGAACUCAGACUCUGAAGCAGUCAUUCAAGCAGCUGGUACUGUUCCUAGCUCCACAGUGACUAUAAAAACAGAAGACGAUGAUGAUGGCAAGAGUACAUCUGAAGACUACUUAAUGAUAUCUUUGGAUGAUGUUGGAGAAAAAUUGGACCAUAUAGGAAGCACUCCCUUGAAAAUCAGUACUGAGGUGACAAAUGAUGAUGUUGCUAAAGAUGAUGGUUUUGGUUCAGAAGUUAUCAAAGUGUACAUAUUUAAAGCUGAAGCUGAAGAUGAUGUUGAAAUAGGUGGGACAGAAAUUGUCACAGAGAGUGACUUUCACAAUGGACAUUCUGUAGCUGGAGUAAUUGAACAAGGAGGUGUUGGUAGAAUGCAGCGAGAAAAAAUGGUUUACAUGGCUGUGAAGGACUCUUCUCAGGAAGAUGAAGAUAUUAGAGAUGAAAGAAGGCUACCCAGAAGAUACGAAGAUGGUCAAGCGGCAGGAAAUAACUUGGAUACACGAUUAGAAAACAAAAACGGUAAUGCAACACAAUACCUGCAGAUUUGUGAUAGCGUUAGCACUAAUAGAGUGCUAAAACAAAAAACCAAGAAAAGGAGGAGAGGAGAGGCCAGGCAAUGGCAAACAGCUGUUAUAAUAGGUCCUGAUGGACAGCCCUUAACAGUUUACCCUUGUCAUAUUUGUGGGAAAAAAUUUAAGUCCAGAGGAUUCUUGAAAAGGCAUAUGAAGAAUCAUCCAGAUCAUAUGAUCAAGAAGAAAUACCAGUGUACAGACUGUGACUUUACAACUAACAAAAAAGUAAGUUUCCACAAUCACCUGGAAAGCCAUAAACUUAUCAACAAAGUUGACAAAACCCAUGAGUUUACAGAAUAUACGAGAAGAUACAGAGAAGCAAGCCCAUUGAGUUCUAAUAAACUAAUACUGAGGGACAAGGAGCCCAAGCUACACAAGUGCAAAUAUUGUGACUAUGAAACUGCAGAGCAGGGACUCCUCAACAGACAUCUACUGGCAGUUCACAGUAAGAACUUCCCUCACGUCUGUGUGGAGUGUGGGAAAGGAUUCCGUCACCCAUCAGAGCUGAAAAAGCACAUGAGGACCCACACUGGGGAAAAGCCAUACCAGUGUCAGCACUGUGUCUUCAGGUGUGCUGAUCAGUCCAACCUGAAAACUCACAUCAAAACCAAACACGGGACUGAUCUGCCCUUUAAAUGUGAGCACUGUCCCCAGGCGUUUGCAGAUGAAAAAGAACUGCAGCAGCACACAGAAUUAUUUCAAGGGCAUAAGACUCACCAGUGUCCACACUGUGACCAUAAGAGCACCAAUUCCAGUGACCUAAAGCGACACAUUAUUUCGGUUCACACAAAGGAUUUUCCCCACAAAUGCGAGGUAUGUGAAAAAGGCUUCCAUCGUCCAUCCGAGCUCAAAAAGCAUAGCGAAACCCAUAAAGGUAAAAAGGUACAUCAGUGUAGACACUGUGACUUUAAAACAUCAGAUCCUUUUGUACUGAGUGGGCAUAUCCUCUCAGUUCACACCAAGGACCUGCCUUUUAAAUGCAAAAGAUGUAAAAGAGGAUUUAGGCAGCAAAAUGAACUUAAGAAGCACAUGAAGACCCACAGUGGAAGAAAAGUUUAUCAAUGCCAGUAUUGUGAAUAUAGCACUACGGAUGCAUCGGGCUUUAAACGGCACGUGAUAUCCAUACACACAAAAGACUACCCACAUAGGUGCGAGUAUUGCAAAAAGGGAUUCCGUAGACCAUCCGAAAAAAAUCAGCAUAUAAUGAGGCACCACAAAGAGGCCAUAAUGUAAUAUAUGAUCUCCAGAAGGAAGCAAUUUAGAAACUGUGAUAUGCUAAUUGGGG